AUGUCCCCCAGCUCCGAAGGGAAAAACGGGCUGUCCAAACGCAGUUGCACCCGAUGCAACCAGAAAAAGGUCCGUUGCGAUCGAAAAACUCCUUGCGGUCGCUGUUUGAGAACUGGCGAUGAAUGCAUCCACCCGGGGAACAAGCGAGCCCCUCGGAAGCUAAAGCGGCCUCCAAUCUCUGAAAUCUUGGACCACCUCCAUCAGCUGGAAGCGGAAGUAGAGCGGCUGCAAUCUGCGCCUGCGAAACAAUCGCCCGGCGCGAGUCCUGACUCGAGGACCGAAGCUAAUAGCCAAAACAAUGCCAACAAGCCAGACACUCCUGGUGGCAGGCUGAUACAAGAGUUGCAAGAGGUCUGUGACAAAUCCUCGUCUGGGGAGAGUGCUACAUACACCAGCAUCUCCAGCAAUGGCUCUCUGCCUGUCCCGGAAGAACGGAUCUUUGCGCCAUAUCAUUCAGCAAGUGCCAAGAAGCAUCAUAUCCAGUAUCCACAACCAUUUCAGAUCUGGACGUUAUGGGAUGUCUAUAUGAAGAAUGUGGCUCCCCUAAUAUCACUCCUACACAUACCUUCAGUUGAGCGUAUGAUAGGUCAGAGGCGUGCAAAUCCUGACCCAGACCCUGAUCUUGCACAGGAGGCUUUGACCUUGGCUAUUUGCUUUGCUGCCGUGGUAAGCAUGACACCGCAACAGUGCUUGUCAAUUCUCAACGAGGACCACGAUGUAUGCAUCCGCAAUUACAAGAUUUCAGUAGAGCAGACUUUGGCAAAGGCCAACCUAAUUAGCACUCAAAAUAUCCUCGUACUUCAGGCUGCCGUACUGUUUUUAUUAUGUCUCCGCCGGUGCGGGUAUUAUCGAACUAUAUGGGCUGAAGCGUCGAUUGUGGUGCGCGUUGCUCAAGGUCAAGGUGUACACCGUGAUGCGGAACGGCUGGGACUGAGCCCGUUUGAGAUCGAAAUGCGUCGCCAACUGUGGUGGCAUAUUUGUAUCCUCGACAUGCUAUGCUCGGAGGAUCAGGGGACUGACACUCAAAUUCGGCCAGAGAUGUUCGAUACUAAGAUACCCUCAAAUAUCGAAGGCAGUGCGCUCAACCCUCAGUUGGCUGUCUUGCCACUCCCACGAUACCCCUUUGUGCAUCGUCCAGACACGCGGCAGCCAUCCACACUUGAGAGAGGUAAGAUUUUGUCAGGUCUGGCAGACCGUCUCGAGACACUGUAUCUUCGACACUUUGACCUUGAUAUCCCUAUACAGUGGAUAACGGCUGUAAUCGCCCGCCUAACCCUGUCAAAGGCGUGGCUGGUGAAUAGUCUCAAUGCAUCAACAACGUCAGAUACAACCAAGGACGACGAGAUAUUCCACAUGGGGGUCGAAAUACUCCAGUUUGCCACAUUGCUGCAGAACAACGAAACCACAAAACAGUGGGCCUGGCUUAGCAAAAGCUAUAAGCAACGACAUGUUGCAGCGUUUAUCCUCUCUGAGAUUUGCGUUCGGCCUAUCACUGCCGAGACGGAGCACGCCUGGGAGGUAGUGACGAAGCUGUACAGCGAGUGGGUGCAGGAGGAAACGCGAACUAACGUGAUGCUCCAGAAACCGCUUUCGCGACUAAUGGAGCGUGCGGCUCUCUCGCGAAGGGAGAAGCUUGCUAAAGAUGAUGCACAGCCCAUAAAACCAGCAGCGGAAAAGACCCAGGAACCUAUAAUUCCGAGGUCUGCGGAUCUUCCACCGGCGAAUUUUAGGGGCGCCAACGUGACGCUAUCGGAUGAUUCUAUGCUAGAAACAGAUGUAAUGUCUCGAGAUUUGCACGAUUUCAUUCCUUCCUCGCUGGAUUGGCUUACAGGGCCUCUGUUAUGA